AUGCCCAAGGCAAAGUUCGAGCAUCCCCACGCUCGUCGCAGGACUCUCUCAGAUCCUCUCGCCGCCGCCCUCCUCCCCCCUCCAGAUGAGUCUCCCAUUGACAGAGAGGUCCGCCUCAGGGCAGAGAUAGAUGCGAAGAAAGUCAGCGACUCUAUCGACGACAUGAUUCGAAUCGAGAGGAACGAGCGCAAAAAGUCAAAGACAGAGGUCAAUGUCUUGUUGCUUGGUCAGUCGGAGUCGGGUAAGAGUACCACUCUUAAACAAUUCCAGUUGUUGCAUUCGCCUUCUGCAUUCCAUGCCGAGAGGAUUGCCUGGAGAGCUGUCAUUUAUUUGAAUCUCGUUCGUUCUGUCAGACGCAUAUUGGAUGCGCUUGCCCCAGAGGAGUCCGAUGUCCUCGACGAACAUGAUGACGGGGAUUCAUUAGAAACAGCUUCGGUCAUAAUUACUUCCAAUGGUCGCCCGCCGUCGGCAAUUCUAGGCACUCGAGUGUCUAACUAUGACAGCUAUCGGCGAAAGCUCGAGCCUCUAAUUGAUCUAGAAGAACGCCUUAUACGCCUGCUGUCCUCUCCGGAUGAAGACGAGGCGACACAUCUAGGACCUCCGUGUCCCGGUUGGGAUUCUUAUGGUCACAGGGCCAACGAAAAUAUGCCUCCUCCCUCCCACUUUUCUCCCAGUAUUAGCUCAAACGGACGGCCAGCGCCGACAAUCACCAUACCUCUCAAAAAGCAGACUUCGUCGUCUGCUGGAGUUAAAUCCAACGGUCUAUAUCCCAAUAUUCCUUCAUUGAAAGGCAAGGAGAUUGUCGUUCAUACUUCUACGAACUGGAAGAAGGCCUUUUCUCUUGGGAAUAAAUCUAAAAGUCCUAAAAGCGCCCAUUCUGGCGAAAUUGAAGGAUGGUGGGAAGAUCCAGAUGAUCCUGUUCAUACCUUAAACGCAUGCGCACCUGCUAUGCAGGAGAUGUGGCGGGAUCCUCAAGUUCGAAAACGUCUUCAAGAGAAACGGUUGCGAUUAGAAGAGAGCAGCGGCUUUUAUCUUGACGAAAUCCCAAGAAUUACUGCCAAGAAGUACAUUCCCACCGAUGCGGAUGUUCUCAAGGCAAGAUUGAAAACUAUGGGGGUGGUGGAGCACACUUUUUCAAUCCCAUCGGGCAGCAACAGAGGGGUUGAGUGGCGUAUCUAUGAUGUUGGCGGCGCUCGUAACCAACGUCAAGCAUGGGCUCCUUAUUUUGAGGAUGUGAAUGCCAUUAUAUUUCUUGCACCGAUAUCCGUUUUUGAUCAGGUUCUUGCUGAGGAUCCUCAUGUCAAUCGACUGGAGGAUUCACUGUUGCUGUGGAAAGCUGUUGUUUCCAACAAAUUGCUUGCCAACGUUAACAUCGUCCUAUUUUUAAAUAAAUGUGACCUUCUUCAGGCCAAAUUGGAAGCUGGGGUGAGACUUAAUCACCACAUGAUCUCCUAUGGCGAUAGACCAAACGAUUAUGAUUCCGUAUCAAAAUAUUUCCGCAACAAGUUUGGUGUCAUACAUCAGUCAUAUUCACCUAAUAAGGAACGAGAGCUGUACACUCAUUUCACCGCCGUCACCGAUACCAGGAGAACGUCGGUCAUCAUAUCUGCAGUUCGCGACAUUAUCAUCAAAGGAAACCUCCGGAAUAUGCGACUCGUUUAA